CAAAUUCGGCGAUCAAAAUCCAAGCUCUAUCGUGUUCCGCUCUUCCUGAACCUGGGAGUCAUUGGAUCCACUCGUAUCAGACGCUGUUGUGACUCGGUUCUGAGUUUGGUACUCAUCUUUCUGCUAAACAAUGGACUUCAGUUCAAUGAGCCGCGGUCAAAUUACCAUGAUGGGAUCUGGAUUUUGCGUGCUGGCUUCGAUGCAUUUCACCGUCCAGUUGCUAUCACAACAUCUGUUUUACUGGAAGAAUCCGAAAGAGCAGAAGGCGAUAAUAAUUAUAAUUCUUAUGGCUCCAUUGUAUGCAAUUGUCUCAUUUGUUGGUUUACUGGACAUCCAGGGAAGCAAAGUAUUUUUCACGUUUUUGGAAUCCGUCAAGGAGUGCUAUGAGGCUCUUGUGAUCGCGAAAUUCAUAGCUCUGAUGUAUAGUUAUCUGAAUAUAUCCAUUAGUAAAAACAUAGUGCCUGAUGGCAUCAAAGGAAGAGAGAUUCACCAUUCCUUUCCGAUGACUCUGUUUCAGCCGCAUACAGUCCGGCUGGAUCACCAUACUCUGAAGCUUUUGAAGUAUUGGACAUGGCAAUUUGUCAUCAUCCGGCCAGUUUGUUCCAUCUUGAUGAUAACAUUACAAUUACUUGGAUUUUACCCGAGCUGGCUGAGCUGGACAUUCACCAUCAUUCUCAAUAUUUCAGUUUCAUUGGCCUUGUACUCUCUGGUGGUAUUUUACCAUGUUUUUGCCAAGGAAUUGGCACCGCAUAAGCCACUUGCAAAGUUCCUGUGCAUCAAGGGGAUUGUCUUCUUCUGCUUUUGGCAGGGAAUAGUGCUCGACUUACUAGUCGAAACGGGCAUCAUCCGAUCUCACCAUUUCUGGUUAGACGUAGAACACAUUGAGGAAGCUAUUCAGAAUGUCUUGGUAUGUCUGGAGAUGGUUUGUUUCUCUGUCAUCCAGCAGUACGCUUACCACGCUUCUCCUUAUAGUGGAGAUGUUGAAACAAAGCUGUUUAAUAGAAAGAAGAAUGAAUGAUGCGAAUAAACCCAGUAAUAAGAUUGAGAACCAUACAAGUCAGAAUUGGUUUUUGUUCAAGGAUGAACUUGGUUCAUUUUGUGUAUUACGUAUUCUAGUAUUAACAUUUACCUUUUCUGUUAUGAGUUACUACUACUACCGUUGUAGCCCGCUAGGCUUGUACCAAUAAAUAUAUUAUUGAUAUAAACUAUUGAGUAUAA